CUCGAAAUCCUCUCGCAAGGGAUAGGAUAUGGCAUCAUUGUUGGUAUCGGCGGCUUCUUUGCCAUUUUCAUGCUUAUCCUCACGUACUUUCAAAAUCGGUACACGGCGCUUUCUACGCACAAUGCAGAAGAAUUCAACACGGCGUCUCGAUCAGUCAAACCUGGGUUGAUUGCCACCGGAAUCGUGUCUUCUUGGACAUGGUCUGCGACUCUCUUGACCUCGUCGACAUUCGCCUACAGCUAUGGUAUAUCCGGUGGCAUGUGGUACGCCGCCAAUGGUACACUGCAGAUCCUCUUGUUCGGCCUGAUUGCCAUCAAGAUUAAGGCGCACGCCCCGGGAGCCCAUACAUUCCCCGAGAUAGUCCUUAGUCGACAUGGACGUUUUGCUCAUCUGACCUAUUGGUUCUUCGGCAUAGCUACCAACAUGCUGGUCGGGUCUUGCCUGGUUCUUGGGGGGGCCCAAGUCGUCACUGCAUUGUCCGGUGUAAAUGUAUAUGCUGCUUGUUGGAUCAUCCCUUUCGUGGUAGCCGCUUACGUCGUUUCCGGUGGACUGAGGAGUACUUUCAUUGCCGACUACACCCAUACAGUCAUUCUGUACGUGGCCAUUAUCGUUUUUGCUUUUACAGUCUAUCUGCCUAGCGGGCCGCUCGGUGGCCUGGAUCGAUUCUAUGACCUCCUUGUCGAGGCAUCGGAGAAGACGCCUGUUGAAAGGAAUCAUGAAGGGUCUUAUCUGACUUUCCAUUCCGUUGACGGGUUGAUCUUUGCUUGGAACCUAUUGAUUGCUGGUUUCGCCAAUGUUUGGCUUGAUCAAGCCUACUGGCAGCGUGCGAUCGCCUCUCAGCCACACACGUCAGUCAAGGCAUACAUCGCAGGUGGCAUCGCCUGGUACGGGAUUCCAUUUGGCUUUGCAACUGCCAUGGGUCUCGGCUGCGUGGCUCUGACUGCUGAUCCGUCCUUUCCAACCUACCCCAACCCACUGAGCGCUGCUCAAAAUGGCGCUGGCCUGAGUGCACCUGCGGCGGCUAUCACUCUCCUCGGAAAAGGAGGUGCUGGGCUGAUGUUGCUGCUCCUGUUCAUGGCCGUCACCUCUGCGACGAGCGCGGAACUGAUCGCGGCCAGUUCACUAUUGACGUUUGAUAUAUACAAGGCGUAUAUCCGGCCUCGGGCGUCCAGUACUGAACUAGUCAAGAUCUCCCACGGUGGCAUUCUCCUAUAUGCGGCCCUUUUAGCCGGGUUUUGCUGCAUUUUGAAUGCCGUGUCCAUCGACCUCACAUGGAUUCUCACAGUCCUUGGUGUUAUUGUCGGUGGCGGUGUCUUUCCAAUUGCCUUGAUUCUCCUCUGGCGCCGAAUGUCCUGGGUGGCGACUGUAGUCUCCCCUUGGGCCGGUCUCGCCUGCGGGCUGACCGCUUGGUUCGUCGUUACCAAAAGACGAAGCGGGAAUAUCAACGUCCACACCUCGGGAGAACCUCUGAAUGCCCUCGCUGGUAACAUCACGUCAGUCAUGACUGGAUUGCUGCUUGCUAUUGUGCUUAGCCUUCUGUUCCCCACCAAAUACUCCAGUUCUGAUCCAGAAGCCAUCGCCCGCGAUGCUAAAAUCAAGGGCAUAAUCGUCUCUGACGGCGAGAGUGUUGAUGCUGGUGGUUCGACGUCAAAUGGAAGAAAUGUUGACCAUCCAGACAUCGGUCAACUUGAAUCUCAACCCACUGGCGACAAAGCUGCUCCUCAAACCGACACAGCAGUGGACAAUAUCGCGUCAAACCAACUUGGCAGUCCCUUCAUCGAGCCAAUGAACGCCGAAGAAGUGAGGAAGGCCACACGGCUCGCUGUCACUGUGAACGGAGUGUUCAUCCUGGUCGCUGUAUUACUGGUUCCUUACACGCUCUUUGGGUCCUCCUGGACCUUUUCCCGUGCUGGCUUCAAAGGAUGGUGCAUCGUGAGUUUUAUUUGGGUUUGGGCUGGAAUGUUCAUAUGUGUUUUCUGGCCACUCUUCGAGAGCAGGUCAUCAAUCGCAAAGAUUUUCAGAGGGAUUGUUGGUGAUAUGGGGAGAGAUAAGUAGAAACAAUACAGAAAUACAGGACAAAAAGAUGCAAAAAGACAUACAACACCUGGCAUUCGCUGGUCGUCACCGACCCAACUACUACUCAAGCGCUCCUCAGCUUGACUCUGGGAGAGCGGACGGGAUCCCGU